AUGCCAUCCAUCCCGGCCUUGGCACAGCCCUCCCCUCCCCCCAGCUACACGACCAAGGAUGUCAUCUGUCGCUCCGUCAGGCCCUUCAGCAACAAGUCGUGGCUGCGCGCGACACUUCUAGCAAUCUGCCCUCCCCACACUUUGUCUUUCUAUGAUGGACAGCUCGCUGCGCGUCUCGAGUUUGCGACACCAGAAGACGCCGACUGCUGCCUGGCUAUCGCAAACUCACACGCGCCCUGCUCGGGCACUGGCCAGUUGGAUCUCUACACCACCCGCCUUGUGCUGCCCAUGGAGGGCGACCCUUGCAUUCCCGCUCCCCGCCACAAGCGCGUUAACAACCGACACAGGAACCCCGCCGCUGCCCUCGCACACAAGCCCCACCAGGACGCGCGCGCACCGAUGAUUCUGUUCAACCUUCUGCGCGAGAUCGGCCCCGUCCACCACGUCACCAUCGGCGCCGAAGGAGAGCAUCAGUGGAUUGCCGAGGUUCAGUUCUUCCACACCGAUGACGCCAACAAGCUCGACGACAUGGACGGCAUGACCUUGUUUGGCUCCAAAGUUGAAGUCUUUGUCUUGCCGAUGGAUGUGGAAGCCGAGGCCUCUCGCAACCAGAUCUUGGCCGAUGAGGCUGCCCGCAUCAAGAUGGAGGACGCCGACACCGUCGUCCACAAGCUCGGCGUGGCUGAUUCUGUCCACGAGCCCGAGGAAGUGACCGCCGUCAACAACCUCGACGCUGCCAAUCGCGGCCGCGACAGCGCGCUCCUCGCCAGCACCCGUUCCACCCAAACUCGGCGCCGCGCCCACUACGCCGCCGUGCGGAACACGUUGCAAAUCCAGCCCGGCGGCCCGGACGAAGCCAUGCUGUACAACGGCGCCAUGGUCAGCGGCCUGAAGCCCCGUCCCGUCCUGGGGCUCACGCGCCCGCCCGGCCUCCAGCACCAGCUCACGGAGGCAGUCCAGACCUGA